CAUGCAGAGAAAUCCCAUAACGUGAGGGGCACAGCGCACCGGACAGACUAGCUAGUUGUUUUCCAGCUGUCCGUUUACUGUUUACACCCACCGUCAUUUAUAUCCAUGCAUCACCUCGCGUUUCGCAGCGACAACUAGUUUUCCUGCACGGACUCUUUAAUUCACCAAGUGUUGGGGACUUGGAGCGAGCGAUGUCGGAGGAGGACUGUGUGACAACAACAACAGGGCGCGCUGCUGUCCCGUUAGCAUCGCAACGUCCUCCGGUCCAUGUUGCUUAACCCUGCCGGGCGAGUACACCCGUCCACGCCUCCUGCUCAGUCCAGUCCAGCUCAGACCAGUCCCGAGGCCCACCGUGAUGGAAGUGGAGGAACCCCAACAGCAGCCGGACCGCGGGGCGAGGAGCCUGCCCGGCCUGCUCUCCGGGCUGCAGGGCGCUGAGGCCAGCGCUCUGCAGCUCAGGAUCAAGAACUCCAUCUGCAAAUCUGUUCAAACAAAAGUGGAAAACAUUCUGCAAGAUGUCGAGAAGUUCUCAGACAUUGAAAAACUCUACCUCUACCUUAAGUUGCCUUCUGGUCCCAGCAGUUGCACUGAUAAAAGUGACCAGAGCGCCCUGUCAUCAAGCCGCACACAGCAGAUGCAUGCGUUCAGCUGGAUCCGCAAUUAUUUAGAAGAAUACCCAGAGACCUCUCUUCCCAAACAGGAGGUCUAUGAUGAAUACAAGAGCUUCUGUGACAAUCUUAACUACCACCCACUAAGUGCUGCAGACUUUGGAAAAAUGAUGAAAAAUGUCUUCCCGAACAUGAAGGCGCGUCGACUUGGCAUGAGAGGAAAAUCUAAAUAUUGCUACAGCGGACUAAGGAAGAGACCCUUUGUUCACAUGCCAUCUUUACCCACUCUGGAUCUCCUCAAACCAGGGGAUGGAUGUGAUGUCCUAGAGUCACAAGGCCAGCUGAGAAGCAUAAAGGAGGAUGUGCGAUUUGCAGCCUGUGAUCUAGUGUGUGAGUGGGCCCAAAAGGUACUGAAACGCCAGUUUGACGCCGUGGAAGACUUGGCUCGCUUCCUAAUCGACAGCCAUUACAUCAGCAACAAGUCCUUGGCAGCUCUCACCAUUACCACCGGCACAGCAACAGAGGUUAAUACUCCACAGACAGUCUCAGCAUUUGUCUCCACUGCUGAGGCUCACUCCUUCCAGCCUCAUGUGACAACCCUGUCCUCGCCUUCUGUCGAUGCAAAGCAGCAGCUCCAGAGGAAGAUCCAGAGGAAACAACAAGAACAGAAGCUGCACUCACCUUUACCUGGAGAGGGACACACCAAGAGAGCAGAUGACGGCGUGCCUUGUGCUAGCCCCACCCCUCCAUCACCUCAGCCAACCAUAGGCAUCAUGGUCACUGCUGUCCCGAGCCCCAUCACGGUACAGAGAGGCCGGCAGCUGAUGUCCCCUAGUCCAAUGGGAACAGUAGAGAGCAAAGUACUGCCAAUUAACUUUCAAAUGGUGACACAGGCAGUGAAACAGAGCCCCAAAACCCCUCAAAAUAUUCUAGCCAGUCCUUCGGGAGAACGCUCUGCUCGGCAGCGCUAUGCACAAAUCCUGCCCAAGCCCUCGGCCCCGACAGCUAUCACUUUGCGCUCGCCCUCCGCCAUGAUCAUCGGCAAUAGCCCCAUUAAGACUAUGAUGACUACAUGUCAUGUCAGCCCAGUCAGUUUGGUCAAGAUGACAGCCAUCUCGCUUUCACCCAGCAGCAGUACUACCACUUCCUUCACAAACACCACUCUGCGGCCUGCAUCUGCAGGCAUUAGCAGUUCUGCAGUUGCAGAAGACAUCAGCUAUAAUCAAAGCAUGAGGAGCACUUCUGCAGUCCCCAUUCUGGCCAGGCCAGUGCAGACUGCUAACACCCAUACCAUCGAUGUUGAAAUGGAAAUUGAAGCUAUACAUAAAAACAGCCAAAUGCAAAAUCCUAGCAGUCUAAUUUUGACUCAAGGAGCAAUGGCAAAUAGGGCUGGAGGGGCUGUACAGAGGGCUGCCAGUGUGCCCAUACCUCAGACUAGAGGCUUCCUGGGUCUGGAGGAAACAUCCAGCACUAAUUGCAAUGGAAAAUCUUCCUCAUGCACUAACAGUGUGGCACUAACACUCUGUAACACUGCCGAAAGCAGCAAUAAUGGCGCUAAUAAUACGAGCACUUUGCACUCAACUCCCUCUCCUCAGAAUACCAGCGCUGUUUCUUUACUGAACACCAGCAGAGCACCUUCAAUUGGGGAAAACAGCAGUGUUACAUCAGCAAAGGAAGGUUUCUUGUCCACUAAGAGCCCCAGGAAACGCUCUGGCCUCAGUCCAGACCUUUCGCCAGUCAAAAGGGCUUUUAUGCAGCCAGUAGAGGGCGCUGCUGGUCUUGGAUAUGGGAUUAGAAACCCGGUCGGUAACGUCCAAAGGCCAGGAGCUCCAACUAGACCUGAAAGUGCACCAGCUAGCAGGGAGGUAGAGUCGAAAAUGAGCUCUUUCACUCAAGUCCACGCACCCUGUACUUCCUCUUUCACAGCCAGUGGCUUCUACUCUGUUGCCAAAACACAGAGCCCAAUGCAGAGGAAAAACACUCCCACUGUUAUGGAAACUAGCACUUCAGUAGGUCUUUCGUUUAUACAGCAACAGCAUGGGCACACAAUGGCUAACGUGCAUGCCGUACCAAAUAACCCCGGCCUCCAAAAACACGGUGUGAGUGAUGGUAGGAGUUCAAACUCAACCACAGGGAGUCUGGAAGGAGCUCAACAACAGACCUACACUGAGUCUAAUCCUGCAACUGAACCCUUAGACUUUUUCAACCAAGCUUCAUCAUCAAGCCAGCUCCCUAUGCAGACCGAUAUGGACUACUUUCCCUUUGAUGAUGAUGUGACUCAGGACAGCAUCGUGGAGGAGCUUGUGCAGAUGGAAGAACGUAUGACAUUUAACAACCUGCAGGAGUUUGGAGACUGUGUCACACUGCAAGGCCAACAAGCUGCGAUGCCGGACAACAUAAUGUCCACAAAUCAGCCCAUGACCGCUUUCUAUCACGCCGCAAACAGCCGCAGUAACCCGAUCCAAACUCCCACACCCACAUCGGAAAUGAUGGGAGGAGCCCAAGGCCUAACCGGAGAGAGCCCCUGCUUUCGCAUCGCCUCCACCACCCCAGUGGACAGCGCACUGGGAAGCAGUCGUCACACCCCAGUUGGUACUCCACACUCCAAUUGCAGCAGCACUGUGCCUCCCAGUCCAGUAGAGUGCAGGAACCCGUUUGCAUUUACACCAAUUAACUCCAGCCUCACUGGUUUCCAUGACGGCAGCACCGUCUCCAGCAGCCCUGUCAAGCCCAUGCAGAGGCCGAUGGCCACCCACCCGGACAAGACACGGCUGGAGUGGAUGAAUAACAGUUACAACAGCAGCAGUGGGAGCUUAAACAAGUCAAACAGCGGAAUGGGUAUCCUCCCCAGCUAUCAAGGCCUGAUAGGAGACCAGUUUCAAAAACCUCAUGCCUUCGCCGUGCCUCAUGUGCGUCACCAUGACACUCAUUUUGGCCGCUUGACUCCCAUCUCGCCUGUGCAGCAGCAGGUAGCUAGCAUGGCUAGCACGGCCAAGCAGGAGGGUUUUGCUGUGCCUGCCCCUCUGGAUAACAAAGCCACCAACACACCUGCUGCAACUUUCCGAUGUCGCAGUGUAAGCCCCGCUGUGCAUCAGAGGAACUUGGGUGGAAACACAGGAAACCUUCCUCAUAUCCCUCGUUCAGUCGUGUCUCCCUUUAACUCUCCUGUGACGCCUGAGGUGUUAAACAUCUUUGCAAACAGCCAGACAAAUCUUGGAGUGAGCAGCAUGGCUCAGCGGAGCCAUUCUGUGCCGCUCAACAUCAUGAUGCAAACUGAGGUAUUGCCCACGCCAGGCCGACAACGCAACAGCAAAAACAUCACCAGUGUCCUUCUGAGCAAGCUGGAUGUGGACCAUGAUGACACUGUUCGGGGUCUGGGCAUCAAUAAUUUCCCCUCCAGCUACACUGCACGCAUGAACCUCACCCAGAUCCUCGAGUCCGACCCCAGCCUUUCCUGCAGUGACAACCACCUCAGCCUGAUGACCUCUGACCCCACCGGCCCAUGCAAGUUGCAGAGGCCAAAUUACCACAUCGAAAAUGCUAUUAAUGAAGAAAUGCUUCUCUCAGCAGGUGACAGCCGAGCACAGUUAGCCUCUGGAGAGCAGCAUCGACAACAGGCCCAGUCUAUGUUGUUAACUCUGAGCUCACAGCAGCAUCAAGAAGAACUACAGCAGCAUCAGCAGUUGGAUUUCAGCAGCACUGUGAAGGACCUCCUGACAGACAACAGCCUCACUGCUGGCAACCAGCUCAUGGAGCAGCUACCUACAGGCGUGACAGAUUUCCCUUGUGAAAUCAGAAUGACAUCGGAGCUCUCCAGCAGCAUCAAUGACCUUAACGCACUGGACACAAACCUUCUGUUUGACCCCAACCAGCAGCAAGGGCAAUAUCACAAUGCUGCUUCUGCGGAGGAGGAGUUGGUGAGUGAUCCGCUGUUUCAGCAAAUCGCCAGUGAGGCGGCACAUUCAAGUGGACUCGAGUGGCUAGAAAGCAAAGAUCAUCCAACAGUUGGAUUGAUGGGUUGAGAAUAGACC